AUGGGGAGUGAUCUCAACGGCGAUAUCGAAUUAGAGGCUGCGAGAAACGCACGGACGCGAACUGCACCGUCCCAUGGCUACAACUACCUUCUUGAAAGGAACCUUCUGGGAAUAAUCGACAACCCCAUCCUCUACCGCAACCCAACAGACCUCGAACACGACGUCAGGACCUUCCAUGAGAACCACCGCCUCGCCAACGUCGUCGACGUCGAGCUCCUCAUCCGCGGCGCCCAGCUCGCGCGCGACAGGGACAGCUUCCUGAGUCAGGGCCAUCUGAGUGAGGUGGAGCGCAGCGCGCUGGAGAAGGAAGAAAAUCCGAAAUUACUGGACCAGCCGAAGGAGUUGAAGGUCGUCCUGCUUACAUGCUGUAUUGGGGCUAUUGUGCAGGGCUGGUCGCAGGCUAAUAUCACGGGCGCCAACCUCUCCUGGCCAAAAGAAUUCGGAAUGAGCGACCAGGGGUGGCUGGCUCUCGGAUCCGCUGAACGAGCACGUCUUUGGCCGCAGGGGCGCUCUGUUCAUCGCUGCCAUCUUUUCGCUGGCUUCGUCGAUCGGGUCUGGAUAUGUGCAGAGCACUGCCCGUCUUUGAAAGUGAAGUCAGUCCACCCAAGAUACGAGCUUGUUGUCAAGGUCGCUUUCUCGUCUCCUGGCAGACGUUUACAGAUUGCCUCUGCGUUUAUCCCUGCGGUUCCGCUGUUCUUCCUCGUUUUGAUCUGCUCCGAAUCACCGCACUGGCUCGUCAAGCACAAUAAUUACGAGGGUGCUUACAAGGCUCUCCGGGGGCUGAGAGACACGCCGUUGCAAGCUGCCCGUUCGUCUGCCUUGGUAUAUAUCUCCAUGCUAUAUGCAUUCUCCCUGACAUCUGUCCUCACAGGAGAUCUGUACCAACUCCACUGCCAACUCCAAGUCGAAACCAUCCUCCUGGGCAGAGGCGACGUCGAGCACGAGAUCAACAGCUGGACGCGCAAUGCAAACGACCAGCUGUACCAGCGCGAGAUCAAUCGCUCGAAUUUCUUUAAGCGGUUGCUGCAGCUGUUUACCAUUCAGCGGAACAGGAGAGCUAGUCUGGCGGCUUGCGUUGUGAUGGCUUCGCAACAGCUCUCUGGAAUCAAUAUAUUUGCCUUCCUCGCUGCUAGCUUUAUAUUCUCAACCCUAGGCCACUCCGAGGAGCACCUAUCUCCGGCGGAGCAGGCGGAUAGGAAGAUGAAGACUCUCUGGCUGAGUUUUGGCUUUGCGCUGGCGAAUGCAGUAUUCUCCCCCCUAGCAUACUUCUCCAUCGACAGCCGCGGUCGACGAUUCUUAUUGCUGCUGUCGCUCGUCCUCAUGUUCCCACUCCUCAUCGCCGCAGGAUUCAGCCUGGAAAUUAAUAACACCGUUCGGAAUAAUCCCGCGCGAGUCGGGGUAUUCGAGUUUUUUCUCAUCUUGUAUACGGCGGCGUAUUCACCGGGGGCGGGUGUCGUGCCUUUUAUGUAUUCGAGUGAGAUCUUCCCACUCGUCAACAGGGCUAAUCUAACACUGCGUGUGACGUCCGCAGAGGUCGGCAUGUCCCUCAGCUGUUCAGUAAAUUUCCUCCUGGCAGGCCUGCUGGCAUUGACUGUGCCACAGCUACAGAAUGCAUUGGGGCAGACACGAUUAUUGGGACUGUUCGCAAAAUGCAUUCUAACGAAAUAUUAUAUCAACAGCGGCCUCGACGCCCUCGCCAUCAUCCUCGUCUGGCUCUUCGUCCCCGGCACCCGCGAAACCGUCUCCCUCGAAGAAUUCAACUACAUCUUCGGCGUGCCCACUGGGCGACACAUCGAGUACCAGAUGGCAGAAGUGCUGCCGUGGAUCGUGAGGGAAUACGUCCCGUGGCUGUUCACGCGAUACCUUCCCUGGGCUGUUAGACAUUACUUCCUGCGCGAUAGUAAGGCGGGGCCCUAUCCCGGUGAGGAGUUGCCGGUUCUUGAUGAGCUGUAUUGGUGGAAUUCGCUUAGGAGGAUGGAUGUCGAGGGGUUGGAUGGUGACGUUGAGUCGAUGAGUCGGUCGAUUAGUCGGGUGUAA